AUGUACGGUUUACAUGAUAUAUUACGAAAAUUUCGUUCAACACCACAAGAUGAACUUCGUAUUUUACUUUUAGGUCUUGAUAAUGCUGGAAAUGUGAGAAUUCCACAUGUUACACCUACACAAGGUUUCAAUAUCAAAAAUGUGCAAUCAAGUGGUUUUAAGCUGAAUGUUUGGGACAUCGGUGGUCAACGUAAAAUUCGACAAUAUUGGUAUAAUUAUUUUGCAAGUACUGAUGUUUUAAUAUAUGUUAUUGAUGAAACAAAUCAAGAAUUAUCUGAAUUAUUAGAAGAAGAAAAAUUAAAUGGUGUACCUUUAUUAAUUUUUGCUAAUAAACAAGAUUUAUUAGAUGCUGCUAAAGCAUCAGAUGUAACUGAUGGUUUGUCAUCACAUCAAAUACGUAAUCGAUCUUGGCAAAUUCAAGAUUGUUUAGCAUAUACAAAAGGUGUUGAAGAAGGUCUAGAAUGGGUAUCAAAAACAGUUGCUAGUAUUAGAAAUAAAAAAUAA